UGAUUUGCCGUUGCGCAAGAUGUGACUCCCUUGAGAAAAAUGGGACUAGAAAUACGCUAGUCACAUUGGGCGCAAUGCAUCCUGUGCGCCACGACUACACAGCGGACUGUCCACGGAUUUGGCAUGAGCCUCCCUACUACAAGCUACAAGCUACAAGCUUUUUUUCCCUCAAAAUUUGGAAAUGAUACACCCUCAAUACAACCCUUGCGAAUUGCUGAAGUAAAGUGGCUUGAGAAAACUCACCAAAUAGCCACACAAACACACCAUGGUAGGCGUACCAAACAGCAAUCGGUGUGAUAACUGCCGGAAGAGGAAGAAGAAGGUUAGUCUCUCCACCCGACAAAAUGAUGAGUAGCUUAUGGAUGGAUUUACUAAUGAAACGAGAUAUAAAGUGUGGAGAGCAACGUCCAUCUUGCGCAGAAUGCAUCCAUAGUGGGUGGACCUGUCCAGGGUAUUCAUCACGUUGGAAAUUCAUGGACGAGACAGCUAAAGUGGCUAAGCUGUAUUCUCGGAAAAAAUAUAUUGAUGAAUACGAUACUAAGGACUCAGAAAUGAUCUCCUCCAAAGAGGAAAUAUUAAGUUCUACGGAAUUUGGCUCAAGAGUGUUUGUUUUGGAAACCUUCAAGGACAUCUCGCCAGGGAUUUCCCGAUUUCAUGACUGUAAUCCCCUGGCUACAACCUUGGUGUACUGCCUAGGAUGUAAAAUGAAAGGAGACCUAAUUCCUCUCUGGCUACUUGGGUCUUUCUACCAACAUGUACCCGGUCGAUUGGGCCACAACAUCGCGUUGGAUGAUGCAGUAUCAUGUGUUUGUAGCUUGUAUUGCGACAGAUCUUUGAGUGAACAUACCAAAUCGAAUGUUAUCUAUAGGAAAUAUAUUCGAGCCUUAUCUUCACUGCAAAAAUGCUUAGCCGAUGAAUAUCUCCGUUUCCAGUCGGAAACAUUAUGUGCGUCACUUUUGUUGCAGAUGUGCGAAGUGAGUCUCGUUUAAUACCUUUGGAUUAAGCCCCAAAUACUAACGAAAAAACUAGCUCGCUGUGAAUAUUGAUAAAGGCAGAUGGGGUGAUCUUGCUCGUGGGACUGCUAAGCUUAUUCAAGCCCGGGGUGUUCAUCGGCAUACGGAUCCGUUCGAUCUUGGAAUGCUUGAAUCCCAGUUGAGUUACAUUGUAUGAACGCCAUUGAAGUUCCUAUUCAGGACUACGGGAUACACCUCUGACAUAUGAGCUCAUUAUAGGUUAUUCAAUCCGCCAAGUCCGAAGAAGAUUGCUAUCUCCGCCAGCCAGAAUGGCGUGCAUUGCUUACCGAUAUAACGAAGUGGCCUCACGAUACAAUUACUGCAAAGGAACUCACAUCCAUGAAAUUACGCCUCGAGCUGUGUAUUCAGUUAUUUGAACUGCCCACCAUUCUUAUCGAAGUUUCUUCGCUUCAUAAGAGAUCCGACAGGUUCCCAUCCAACAUUGAUGCUACUUUGAUGGAUGGAGCACUUGCGAUGUAUUCCAACAUGAAAGAGUGGCUAAACUCCAAAGUCGAGCCGCAUAUAUAUUCAAAUCCAUUGGAGAGGACUGCAACUGCAAUUGAAUAUCCGGACAUGAUUGCGGGUAUUGUUGACUGUGUAGCCAACACGACGCUUUUAACACUCGAUAAAAUUAUUUGCUUGUUACACCGUGGAAGCAUACCAGCAUACAAAAUUGACACGUUUGACAGCCCGGAAACGGUAGAGAGUUGGUAUCGUCGUGCGCUGACAGCGUUUGAGUUUGUUCAAACCGAAUCAACUUUCGCUGCUAAACCUUUAGGCGUUGGAUUGCGACAAUUUCAAUCAUCGAGUCCUAAGCCUCUUGCAGCUAUAAAAGUGUAAAGCAUGCGUAAAGAGAAACUCGGCGUAUAUGUGCGAUACCACAUGAUAUCAUUCGGCGAUGUGUAAUAGCAGAAUGGGUACGAAUUCGAACACCAGAAAAUAUCGACUUUCCUUCUCCGGACCAUGGAGCAUUCCACACUGCAUACAUAGCCAUAGUAUAGUUUCGGAGGCCAUAACAGCAAAGCGGAAACGAUACAGCAAAAUCAUAUCAACUAUGCACGAUGGAUGGGCACUGCCAUUUGGAAGGGGGAAAAUGGGGUAGAUCGUUAUGCAUCUCGCUGCAAAUUGUCAAACAACGCAGAACUCGGUACACAGCAUCAUGAUUCAGAACUCACUCUCGUUCCAUCAGUCACUCAAAAAUUCAAUGGAUGCAAUAAGAUGUUCGCAUACACAUGGCGGAGCAACAACUCGAACCCAAACGUCUCAAUCCCACUAGGUGGGGCGCCCCUUCCUCCAUCAACGAUCCCUCAUAUCGGUGAUAGGUGAGCAUAAAUAGGACCUAAUUUCAAUGCAAUUUUCAACUGAAGCUUGAUAUAUUGGCAGUCAAAGAACUAUGUUCGCUGGGAAGGACUUUUACUUCCAAGGAGAGCUACUGGAGUAGAAGCAAUGGAAUGCAGCUGCGGACAAAGAAUGGAACUGAACAUCAAGCGGAAAGUUGAAACAUAGAAUAAUACACAUUCAGCUUUUCCGGCAAUACUCCAAAAAAGUGUCUUAAAAAAUAAAUAUACAAACAUCCAACUAACACCAACCUCACACAUCUGGCAAAAGCUCAUGCGUCCCAAAUUGAAAAUAAACACCCAAUCUCGAAUCAAACGUAGGACAUAAAUUCGCACCUCCCAGAAAAAGUACCACGAGACGAAAAUCCGGCGAAUUCGCAUCGCAAUAAUUAUCCCUCAAUAAAUUCGUUGUUUCAUCAAGAAGAGUAUUUUUCCACAACACGAUUCCCUGCGGCAAAACCCAGUUACAAUAAAGAUUUUUCGUUUGAAUGAUC